CGCUUUCAUGGUCAGAGGAGAGGAGGGGCCGAAGUUGAAUACUCGGACUAGUAGUUGAUUUUGACUUGCUAAAUUUGUUUUACUACUAUAUGUUGUUGUUUUAACUUUAAAUCUGGUCUAGUCCUCGUACUCCUCCCACUCCGUGGUAACUCGUUCUCUCACACGGUGAAGAAGACUUCGUAAACGAGACGAGGGAAGACUUGGUAAGAAGAAUGGGAAUGGUCAAAACUUUUAUCGGUGGCGUGCGUCAAUGGUUGAUGUACCUUUCUCUCUUCUCUCCUCCCUUACUGCUACAAAUCCUCUUUAAAUCUUUAAUUGCCCCAUCUCUCUCUCUCUCUCUCUCCGUUGGUUUCUUGGGUAGUUGAAGAGCUUUCUCAUUUUUUCCCUGGGGAAGAGAAGGCUUGAUUUGCUGUUCUCUAUCAUAUUUGCUUCUUUGCUGAAAAGAGCUAUCCUCUACUGCCAUUUCUUGGCUUUUAAUCAACAUCUUGGUUGAAGAAAUGGCAGCACGCCCCCAUGUACCUCAAUUUGGCAACUGGGACAGCCAAGAAAAUGUUCCCUACACACGGUACUUCGAUAAUGCAAGGAAAGGUAGAGGUGGAAAGAUGAUAAAUCCCAACGACCCCGAGGAAAAUCCAGAAAUGUUUCGCCAGUUUGCUCCCCCAUCUCCAGCACCCUCUAAUAUUAGACCUCAAACGGAGGAACCAGUGGGACGGGGAGCUGUUAGGGCACAGCACGAGUAUCGUGGAAGUAGGGAAGAUGGUAAUUUCAGGCAAUUUGUGGAUUCUCCUGCACGUACUGAUAAUCCAGGCCGCAGGACCUCCGGUGAGUCAACUCAUCACAAUUCUGGUCGGCCAACCAGACAGAGUGCAGGGUCUGAGCACAGCUUCGAGCGGUCGCCACUACAUUCACAUCACCCGGCAAAGUUAGCAGGGAGAGGUGGCACAUCUCCUGCUUGGGAUGGAAAGAGCUCGCAUGACAGCAGCCAUGGGACAUAUGGGAAGUCCCGUAUGAAGCAAGUUAGUCGAGUGGAGGAAAGUCCUGAUAGAGGUGCUGCUGUUCCAAGAUUUGGUGACUGGGACGAGAACAAUCCUCAAUCAGCUGAUAAUUACACUCAUAUUUUCAACAAGGUGCGCGAGGAAAGGCAUACCGGCCCCUCAAAUCUCCAAGCAGGCAAUAAUUUCGAGCCAUCCUACCACAUGAAGCGGAAGCAAAAUGCCAGUGGCGAUCGUAAGGGAUGCUGCUUUCCAUGGUUUGGAAAAUGAGGAAUUUUACCUUCUGGUGUCUAUUCAUCCCAUUUGAUGGACCUGUAAAUAGCCCUGAAGGAGUUUUGGUGCAUUUUUUCCCCCCUCUCAAUUUGUCUUGUUGGUUGGGACAAUAAAUUUAAGGUUUCGGGUCUUCUUUUGUCCUGGAACUGGUCACUGGUGUUUUUGUGCCAAAUCUUAACUAGUGUUGUACGAUGUAGCUACCAAUUUCUGAUUACAUUUUUUCUGAAAUACAAAAAUAUUGAAAAGUGGCAGAUUCUUUAAUUAAAAAAGGAUGUUGCCUUUAGUUCCA